CGAAGUCAUAGACAUCAGGUUGUCUCUGAUAUAGGUUAUCUUUUCUGCGUUGUGCGUUUUGAUUUGAAAAAAAAAAAAAUAAAAAAUGGAUAUUGGAGAACGCUGUAUUAAAAUUGAAGGACUGGUAGAUAUUACCUGUGUUGAAGUAAAGUUAAAAGACCAGUCAGGAAUCCUGGACAUGUUUGAACAAUUUGUAGAUGAAGAAGGAGUUCACGAUAGAGAGGAAUACAUACUUAAAAAUGAAGAAAGAUACUCGAAUUCCUUAGUUGAACAAAUCGAUGCAAAUCAAUCGCCCAUGAGUAAAAAAAUAGACCUUGAUGUACUCAGAAAAUCGAUUCAUUCGAAAAUUAAGCAACACAAGUGUCAGUGUAGAAAAAUGCCCCUUCAGAAGCAAGUUGACAGUGUUCAUUCGAAUAUCAAGAAAAGCAAAGAUCCGGACCUACCAAAAAUUGACAUGGGUAAACGUCAGUUUAGUAUUGAAGAAGCUCAUAUUGGCUAUGAUGAUGUAGAGUUAAAAGAAAAAUUGGGAGAUAUCGACAUUAUCGAACAAUUCAUAGACGAAAAAGGAGUUUAUGAAAGAAAAGAAUAUUUAGUCAAAAAUGAAGCAAGUAACACCAGAAGCUCAGUUACAGAGGUCGAUGAAAAUUUAUCAUCAUCUGCCUCUUCUACCGAAGAAAUUCCUCCAGAUUUAAAUCCACCAAGGAAUAACUCUGAAACGACCCACCCGGAGCAGAAUAAAUGUCACGAAAGUCAGGUGGGCAACUUUGUAAAAUCGGCUACUUCGAAAGUUAAAGAACACAAGUGUCAUCUAUGCGAGUACGUUACAAAUAUAAAAGGAAACGUGAAAGUCCACGUUAAUAAUGUUCAUUCGAAUAUCAAGGGUCAUAAGUGUCACAUGUGUGACUACGCAGCGAAAAGAAGAGACACUCUUAACGAACAUAUAAGAUCCGUUCAUUUAAAAAUCAAGGAUUACAAGUGCCACUUGUGUGACUUCGCCGCGAAAAGAAGAGAGCAACUUAAGAUUCAUAUAAAAUCCGUACAUUUAGAAAUCAGGGAUUACAAGUGCCACUUGUGUGACUAUGCGGCGAAAAGAAGAGGGCAGCUUGAGAUACAUAUAAAAUCCGUACAUUUAGAAAUCAAGGAUUACAAGUGUCAUCUAUGCGAGUAUUUCGCAAGUAGAAAAGGAGACCUGAACGCCCACGUUAAUAAUGUUCAUUCAAAUAUCAGGAGUUAUAAGUGUCACUUGUGUGACUAUGCCUCGAAAAGAAAAGAGCAUCUUAAGAUACAUAUAAAAGCCGUUCAUUUGGAAAUCAAGGAUUACAAGUGCCAAUUGUGUGACUAUGCAGCGAAAAGAAGAGAUACUCUUGAUAUACAUAUAAAAUCUGUUCAUUUUGAGAUCAAGGAGUACAAGUGUCAUCUAUGCGAGUAUUUCACAUGUAGAAAAGGAGACCUAAAACUUCAUGUAACUAAUGUUCAUUCGAAUAUCAAGGGUCAUAAGUGUCACUUGUGCGACUACGCCGCGAAAAGAAGAGAGAGACUUAAGAUGCAUAUAAAAUCUGUUCAUUUAGAAAUCAGGGAUUACAAGUGUCAUUUGUGCGACUAUGCAGCGAAAAGAAAAGGGCAACUAAAGAUACAUAUAAAAACCGUUCAUUUAGAAAUUAAGGAUUACAAGUGCCAUCUGUGCGAGUAUAGUGCGAGUUUGAAACAAAAUCUUCGGAAGCAUGUCGAGUCUGUUCAUUCAAAUAUCAAGGAACACAAGUGUUACUUAUGCUAAUAUUGUGCUGAUGAAAAAAAAUAACUUCAAGUACAUAUCGAGUGACUCGACUGAAUACGCUGCUAAUGUUGAAAAUGGCAUUGACAAACAUAUUAAUUCGGUUCAUUCAAAAGUCAAGAAACACGAAUGUCCGAAGUUUAUUUCGAGCCGAGAAUUGAUAACGAAUGCAGUUUGAAAUCUGUCCAUUUAAAAAUCAAGAAACACAAGUGCCAUCUGUGUGGUUCUUUUACAAAUAGAAAGACAGCCUGAAGCUUAACAUUGUUCAUUCGAGGUUUUUGUGAUGAAAAAACUAUACUAACUGACAAAGAAACUGCAACACCCAUAAAGAACUGUUUAAAUUUAUAUAUUUUCUUUGUGAAACAUAGAAAGUAUAGCAAUCUGUAAAUGAUUAAAAUUUGAAGAAAAAAAACGGUUAACAAAUUUUUUUUAUUAAA